AUGGAUAUUGUUUAACAUCAACAUGGCGAAGUGUAAAGUUAUAUUGAACAAGUCAAUGAUAAAACUAUGAUAGCAAUUUAAAUGGAAGAAUAAAGACUGAAUCAAAGGUAUUUCCAUUUGCUUAAUUAACUUGAAAAAACUAAGUUGCAAAUCAUCAAAUUAGAAGAAAAAUUGAGACAACAAAAUGAGUAAUAGUUAUUAUAUAUUCGAUUGUUUAGUCUUGAAAACCAUCCUUAAAUAAAAUAAAUCAUCAGCGAAUUAUCAAAGAUAGAUCAGUAUCGAUUAUCAUUGAUCAAUAAAACUCAACAAUUAACUCAAGAAUUACAAUUAAAUCAAUUUAGUAUAAAAGAACUGAAAGAACAAGUUAUAAACAAAAGACUAUAAAUCAGAGAUUGGGUUAGAGACUGUUGGUCAAUUUAACAAUAAAUUAAUAAUACUACAUCGAAUUACACUUAAUCUACAUCUAGAACAUAAAGAAUUCAUUUACAAAGUCUCGAUAUCACUAGUAAUAGAAGCAAUGUCAAUCUAUUUAUAACUAAUUAAGAAUCAAAUACAAAUAGACUUAGUUUAUCUCAAUUACCUCCUAUUACGCUGAAAAAGCACUCUAAAAGCAAAUUAUUAGAUGUUCUUUAGAAAGCAUCAGUAAGAGGAUAAUAAUAGCCUGUAAAUGAUAUUAUUGAAAUUUAUAAAUAAAUCCACAUUUUGAGAAAAUAGAUUAUUGAAUGGAAACAAAAUAUUAUAAAGAAAUAGAACUAAUACAGUUCUAUCAGGAAUUCAUUUGUUUAUUGUGCAAAUCUAUCUUUAAAAUUGUUAAAAAGUAAAUAAAAGGUUACAAAUCGUAAUGGAUAUGCAAAUUCAAUUUAUUUUGAUAUCAAUACAUCGAUGAAUCAAUCUAAUACUGAAGUAUCAAGCAAUCACAAUAGAGGAAGAUAGAUUUAAAAUAUUUUAUAUGAUACUCUUAAAUAAAUAAUGGUCAAUAUGAUUGAUACAUAACAAAAUGAUUAGCAGAAUUCAAAUGAAAAAUCAAUAAUUAAAAAUGCCAUUUCUCUAGAAUAAUUUCUUUAAUUUUCCUCAGAAUAGAUUUUAGGAAUAUUGGCACUUCAACCAAGAUUAAUGCAAUAAUUAAUAGAGAAAUUUGAUAUGAAAUAGAGAUAAAUAGGAUUACUAUCUUAAAAGAUGAAAAUUUAAACUUAGCAUUUCUGA